CCCUCUCAUCAGACAAGAGGAGAGGAGGACCAGCUCUUCUUUUUCCUCCCCUCCCCUUCUUUUUUUCCAGCAGCCAACUCAGAAACAAGGAGCGGUUUGAUUCUUUUUACGGGCAAGCUCUCUCUGGAGGACCACAGGCAGAGACGACUGGACAGGACUGAGUUGCGGCAGGCUUGCAGAAUGCAGCUGUUGUAACCAUCCUGUAACAACAGAGAGAAGGAAAGAGGACGGUUUUCCCCCACUCUGGGAGCUGGCUUGCUUUUUUCUUUGUGUGUGUGUGUGUGCGAGUCCGCCUCUGGAUUUCUGGCUUUUCUCUGAAAACUCAAGUGAGUCCGUGAUGUGAAGUUCCCCCGCCUUGCAGAGAUAUAUUUUUUUUGCAUUGUGGAUGGUCGACCCAAUCUGGCAUGGAAAUGCUCCGGAGGCAGCCUGGAACUGAAGGGAAAUGAAGUCGUGGCGGCAGCGCUGCGGAUGACCCACCCGCUGUGAAGAUGUCCUCCAUGGACCCUCUGCCUCCGGCGACCCCUCCGACCCAGAAACCCACGCGCAUCAUUAAGCCCCGCCCACCCACCAGGCCACGACCGUACUUGCCCCCCAGGCCGGACUCUGCCAGGCUGAGCCGUGGACCAACCCCACCUUUGCCCCCAGAGGGCUCCUCAACUGAGGCUGCCAACGAUGGUUCCUCCAGGUCGGCUGAUCCCCCCUGCAGCCAACAGCAGCAGCUCCACAAGCUGCAGAACUCUGGCGCCGUUCGUAAAAUCGUCGUGCGCUUCAGCCACACGGAGAAAGAAGAGGCUGGGAAGCCGGCUCAGCCUGCUGUGAACUGCAGCCAGGUGCCUGUCGCUGAGAAUGGGGAAGAGAAGAUAUCGGAGGGGAAGGAGGGGCAGUUGGAUCCCAGUGAGGAUCCCCAGCAGCCCGUGUCGCAUGUGGUGGAGCAGAACGGUGUCGAGUCGCCAGCCACCUGCCCCUCAGGCUGCCCCUGCAUCUGCCAUCAACAACGGCCAGGCAUGGUCUUGGCCUGGGUUCCGGCACAUUCCCAGCAGGCCGACUGUGAGGACGGGCCUGCCUCAGACCUCUCGUCCUCUGCGGAUGAGGGAGGGCCUGUCUUCCAACACCUCUUGGUGCUCAAUGCCCCAGCUGCCCCCAGCCCCCCAGCCUGCAGUGGGCGGCCCCCUAAAUCCCGCCGUUCUCCCCGCAGCAAGAAGCCCCCUGACCCACCUCCCUCGGCCAACGGGCACCCCGAAGGCGGCGUGGUCUUGACGGGGUACCGAUCCACCGCCGAGCCUCUUCCGCUGCGCUGCCCGCCCUUGAUGCCCAAGCCCCCCCGGCGCAGCAAAGCGGGUUCCCUUGCCUCUUUGGACGGCGAGGCCUUGCCCCCCGCCAUCCCACCCAAGGCCCCCACGAAACCGCCUCGCAACUCCUUAGUUCCUUUAGCCUACUCUCGCCGGAGUUCCCUGCAGUACCCGCUGGAGAUGAACCAAGCUCAAGGCGACACCUGCCUCCUCUCUGCGGUGGAAGGGGUCCUCAUGCCUCCCCCCUCAAUGCCCCCGCCGCCGCCACCCGUCUCCCAGGCGCAGGCGCCCCUUCCCCCCCCACAGAACCAGCCCCCUCUGCCCCCUUCCUGCCAGUUGCCCACAACCAUGACUCCCCCUCCACCCUCCCAGCCGCCGCCACCAUUGCCUCAAGGCCUGCCUCCUCCUCCAACCCAGCCACCGCCACCCUUGGGUGAAGGACCGUGUCAAGAUGGCUGUGAAAACGAAUGCCCGACUCCUGGAGACUCCGACGUGGAGACCCCAAAUGACGGACACUGCUCGGUGCUAUCCCCAAAGGGCCCUGACUGGGGACUUUACCUGCAGGAUGAGCCCCUGUACCAGACAUAUCGCCAGGCUGUCAUCUCCAAGGAGAUCAAGCGGCAAACGGUCCCCCGCAACAGCAGCUUCAGCAGCUCUGACUAUGGGGGCCCUUCCCCUGGUGAAGGGCCCGCGGGGCCUCGGGGCCCCAUCCCACACAGCACUCUUUGGCAGGAGCUGCCCGCUGUGCGAGAGAGCGGCCUUCUGGGAAAUAUCAGCCCCGAAGAGAGGAAGAUGCAGGAGAGCCUUUUUGAGGUGGUGACCUCCGAGGCGUCCUACCUGCGCUCCCUGUUGCUGCUGAUCGAGCACUUUAUGGAAUCGCGGGACCUGACAGCCACCAUCCUUCUGCGCGAGCACCGUACCCUCUUUUCCAACAUCCGCAAAGUCAAGGAGGUCAGCGAAAGAUUUCUUCAUGAUCUUGAAGGACGCCUGGCCGAGAGCCUGCAGAUCUCGGACGUCUGUGACAUAGUGGAGACACACGCACAGCAGAACUUCUCAGUCUACAUUGACUACGUGCGCAACCAGCUGUACCAAGAGAAGACCUACAGCAGCCUCAUGGAGAAGAACCCCCAGUUUGCCAUUGUCGUCACCCGGCUCCAGGAGCUCCCCCAAUGCCAGCGGCUCCCCUUCAUGUCCUUCCUGCUGCUUCCUUUCCAGAGGAUCACCCGGAUCAAGAUGCUCAUAGAGAAUAUCCUGCGUCGGACAGAAGAAGGCUCAUUGCGAGAGCAGAACGCCAUGAAAGCUUUGUCCUCAGUUUCCAAGAUAAUAGAAGAAUGUAACUCUGAGGUGGGCCGCAUGCGUCACAUGGAGGAGCUCAUCCACAUCGCCAGCAAGAUCGAGUUUGACAAGCUUAAGGCAGUUCCCAUCAUCUCCCAGAGCCGGCAGCUGCUGAAACAGGGCGAGCUGUUGGAGGUGGUGCACCGGGGCACCAUCUUUGGCACCAAGCCCAAACUGGUCCCCAUUUACUUGUACCUCUUCAACGACCUGCUGCUCAUCACCCAGCGGAAGAGUUCAGAGCGCUUUGUGGUGCUGGAUUAUGCCCACCGCUCUCUCGUCCAGGCCCAGGGCUGCUGCGAAUCCUCCACAAGCCACAGCGCGGAGAACAGCUUCUACCUGACGCUGCUGGAGAACCACCAAGGACGGAGCAGUGACCGGCUCUGCCGGGCCCCAACACAGUCAGAUAUGCACCGCUGGAUGGGUGCUUUUCCUCGCCAUGAAUCCCAGUCGGUUGGCAAACAGGAAACCAUCUAUGAGGACUGGGACUGCCCUCAGGUGCAGUGCAUUGAGACCUACUCUGCUGCCCAGGCCGACGAACUGAGCCUAGAGCCUACAGACAUUGUCAAUGUGCUACGCAAAACCAACGAGGGCUGGUAUGAGGGCGUCCGCCUGACCGACGGCAAGAAGGGCUGGUUCCCCUCACGCUACGUGCAGGAGAUCACAAACGAGCACGUGCGGCGGCGCAACCUCCGCGAGCGCUACCGCGUCCUGCAGGCCGCCCGCCAACUCCAGCUGACGCGCACCAGCCACACGAAGAGCAAGUACAGUUCGGCCUGAGGCGGCGGGCACAGAGCCACAGAACGAGGAUGUUAAUCCCACUACUGGGCUCAGACUAAGAGCAACGUCUGCUCCGCUCAGGGCAGGAGAAGCACUGCCACGAAGGGGGGCACCAAAGAUGGCAGCAGUAGGUGGCGCUAGAGGGGAGGAAGACCAAUAUAUAGCACAUGCCCACAAUGCUUCUUGCUGGAUGUAGACUGUAAUGCCACAAGUGGGCCACCGGAGGCAUCGGAGGCACACCACCCAACCUGCCUGCUUUGCCUGCUGUUUGCCAGAAGAGGGCGGUGUUGCCAGCAUCUUCAGCUUCAUUGCACUGUGCACAGAGCCACCUACGGUUGGUUCGACUACAAACUCGUCCGAACUCUUCAGCACUUGUCCUGCUUGGUGGGGGAACUCAAUGCCCAGGGCGAUGACAGCCAACUUCCUCAGCCAGAGGGAAGGGUGGGUAGGUGGGCCGCCUCCA